CAAAGGCAUUACACGCCUUUGUCAAUACAUUAAUAACAAGACCAAACAUCCCUGUAUCAUCGCAUACUCAGAGAUCAGAGCCAAUUCUCAAUUUUACUUACCCCGUAUUCGUACAUCCAUCCAGUCAGCAUGUUUGUCGGGCCCUUUGACGGCCGCAAGAAGCGGUCCCGCUGCCAAGCAUGUUCAACUAGCCACCUCAAAUGUUCUGGCCAGAUGCCUUGUAGCCAUUGCGAGCGUCGGCGUAUUGCCUGUGUAUUUGGAACUGCCCAAAAAGACAACACGCGAAUUAUCCUGGUUGAUCGAGGGAAGCAAAAGACUCCAGCAACCUUCAAGUCACCUAGCCGAGAAAGGCGGAAGCAGACACCCUCAACAAGCGGAGGAUCCGCUGUUUCUUCUCCGUCACGAACUUUAGACAAGAACCUGCCAUUUCUGUACUACUUUGAUGUUUUUAUUGGCCGGAAUAACUUUACUGGAAAGGAACGUUCAUUGGUUGAUGAGGUAAAGCAGCUCUCCGGCCUCCAUUCCAACUCAUAUCUUAUGGAUGCCAUGCUGUCGCUCGGUGCGAUACAAGCAGUCAAGCUGAAUGCUUCAGAUGUUCCCCCGCGGAAUGAGUGUUUGGCAACUGCGCUAGAAUACUACUCAAAGUCCAUCGUAGGGCUGCGUGAUUCCAUCAACAGUCCAAGGAAAGGUGACGAUAGCCUACAUAAUACAGUGCUAUGGACAACAUUAUUCCUUGGCUUAUUCGAAUUGAUUAACGACGAGACUGGUGAUGGAUGGCAGCAGCACAUGACCCAUGGCACAGCGAAGGCCCUUGAAGCCAGCGGCCCGGUAAAGUGUCGAGCUGGCCCUAGCCGAAAGUUCUUCGUCCAAGCACGCAUUUUCGAAGUAUCGCGUACUAUUCUGGGGAAUGAAUCGACAUUUCUCACACGGCCUGAAUGGAUGGAUCUUUCUAGGCGGAUGUGGACUGGCGAGCACGGAGAUGAGUGGCAUCCCUUGGAUUCCUUGCUCGAUAUCAUGGUCAUGGUAUCCAAUUUGCGAGUUCGAACGGCCAAGUUUAUUGAAAUACAAGAAGAAUGCCCCGAUAAGGAGCCUACCCCAGAGGCUCACUCCAUAUGCUCCGACGCCGUUACUCUUAGGGAAGCUCUCAGCAGCUGGUAUACAUCAUAUGCGCAACCCGCAGCUAAAUCAGCCACCUACCUUUCUGAUGAUGGAGAUGCGAGUAUGCUACUUUCGAGAAUAUUCUUUGCCGCCAUCAGUAUAUACUUGUCGGGUAUAUUCGACUAUGAACUCACUCAUUGGCACCAGCUUGGUCUCAUACCACCCACACUGGAUGAACAAGCUGUCCAAACGCAUACAAACACAAUACUUGGGCUCUCUAGCUUGGCUCUUGACACGACUAACCUCUCGCCGCUGCUGUUCUUGUUUCCAUUGCGAAUAGCUGGGGCUAGGUCUAGAACACAGUGGCAGCGAGAUUGGAUAACCAAACUGAUAUCUAGAAUUGGCAGUGGGUUCGCUGUGGCGACUGCUAUCGCAACAGAGCUGAGCUAUGUUUGGGAGAUAUUUGGUCUCAAAGAGAUGCCUGAUGGGGGUGAGAAUGGGCUGGAGGUGGUUGAGGGGAUCCAAGGAGGAGCACUCAUGGCGCCUCUGAUGCCCACUGCGACGACGGAGUUUGUCCAAGCCAGCGACCUUGUUCUUACGUUUAAUGACCAGGAGUCCUUAUCAUGAUUUAUCUCUUCAGCUGGCGAGCUUAAUUGUGUGGAUUUUACUUUUACUUUACCUUUUUUUUUUUUCUUUUUAGGAUUCAG